UCUGCCAAGAGCUGCAGACUAGGCUUAGAAGAGCCCAGUGGUGGUGGCGGCAGCAUGCACCUUUAAUCCCAGCACUUGGGAGGCAGAGGCAGGCAGAUCUCUGAGUUCAAGGCCAGUCUAGUCUACAGGGUGAGUUCCAGGACAGCCAGUGCUACACAGACCCUUUCUCAACCCCCACCCCUGGCCCCUGCAAAAAAAGAAAAAGAAGAAAAAAGCAGCCCAAAGGCCAAGGCAUGAGAGAAGAGGGGACUGGGCACUGUCCAGGCCAUGCAGGAGCAGAGCCUGCAUCUGGAGAGCAGAAGCCCAGGUCUCUGGCUACUGGCAGUUAGUUAGAUUGCUGAACAGAGGACUAAUUAAGCAGGCCCAGGUGUUCGUUAAAAUCUCCUGAUGGAGUAGGAAAGUUGGGUCAGUCUGAGGUCCUUUGUGACCAUCUCUGCCCAGACACCACUUUUCCAGAACCAAGACCAAGUUCAUAUUCUUGCCCCAGGGCUUCCAAAGAAUUUGAAGCAGUGUGGAGCGGGCAGCAGAGGGGACAGAGCCUGCUUUGUAAAAGAACUUGUGGUUAGCUAGGAGGAAGGACUGCCCAAGGCAGGGUCUGUCCUCUGGCAGAGGAAGAACAGCAGUGAGCAAGACCUGGGAGGCAUGGGCUUAUUAUAAAUGGCUGAGCUAGUGUAGAGGGAGUCAGGGUUGCUGGGGCCUGACCUCUUAAACAGACAGAUUCCCUCUGCUAAAGGAUACUCACUGGGUCUCUCUGGCUCCCCUGCCUUCUCAGCCAUGAUCUCUCUCAUAUCCUAGCUCCCCCAGCAUGCGGCAGGGAUGUGGGGGGGCAGUGUAGGAGAUCAGCCAGGGAGCUGGUUGCCAGGCGACAGUUGCCUAAGCAACCCCAUCCUCUCCAUCUCCAUGUGCUCAGGGCUGCUCCUUAGAAGACUUAGAGUCUCACCCUCUGCACCAGUCGAGCUGAGUGUAGAGAGGGAUGAGGGUGAGGGUGUCAGGGUUGGUUGGAGGGUUGGUGGUGUCCAAGCGGAUAGGCUUUGAGGGCAGCUGGUAGAAGGCUUCAACUCUGCAGAGGACAGUGAGAACAGCAGGACGGACAGAGAUUAGACUGCAGGACGGACUUCUCACAGGCUCAUAUUUUCUUUGCAUAGGAGGCUGUGCAUAGGUGUUCUGCAGACCAUGAACUGAACGCUAGUCCCAGACAUUCAUGAGCACAGUGUGAGGCUCCUGACCAACACCCAGCAGCCCCUUCCUCUCUGGCACUAAGGACCCCCGGAGAAGAUGGGGAGGAAAAAGAUUCAGAUCCAGCGAAUCACUGAUGAGCGGAACCGCCAGGUGACAUUCACCAAGCGGAAGUUUGGGCUGAUGAAGAAGGCUUACGAACUGAGUGUGCUGUGCGACUGUGAGAUCGCCCUCAUCAUCUUCAACCACUCCAACAAGCUGUUCCAGUACGCCAGCACCGACAUGGACAAGGUGCUGCUCAAGUACACGGAGUACAACGAGCCGCACGAGAGCCGCACCAAUGCUGACAUCAUUGAGACCCUGAGGAAGAAGGGUUUCAACGGCUGUGACAGCCCGGAGCCGGACGGGGAGGACUCCCUGGAGCAGAGCCCCCUGCUGGAGGACAAGUACCGGCGGGCCAGUGAGGAGCUGGACGGGCUCUUCAGGCGCUAUGGGUCAUCUGUUCCGGCCCCCAACUUUGCCAUGCCUGUCACAGUGCCCGUGUCCAAUCAGAGCUCCAUGCAGUUCAGCAAUCCUAGUGGCUCUCUGGUCACUCCUUCCCUGGUGACGUCGUCCCUUACAGACCCACGGCUCCUGUCCCCCCAGCAGCCAGCACUACAGAGAAACAGUGUUUCUCCGGGCCUGCCUCAGCGACCUGCUAGUGCAGGAGCCAUGCUGGGUGGAGACCUCAACAGUGCUAAUGGAGCCUGCCCCAGUCCCGUUGGGAAUGGCUACGUCAGUGCCCGCGCUUCCCCUGGCCUCCUCCCUGUGGCCAAUGGCAACAGCCUAAACAAAGUCAUCCCUGCCAAGUCUCCACCCCCACCCACCCACAACACCCAGCUUGGAGCCCCCAGCCGCAAGCCUGAUCUGCGGGUCAUCACUUCCCAGGGAGGCAAAGGGUUAAUGCAUCAUUUGACUGAGGACCAUUUAGAUUUGAACAAUGCCCAGCGCCUUGGGGUCUCCCAGUCUACCCACUCGCUCACCACCCCAGUGGUUUCCGUGGCAACACCAAGUUUACUCAGCCAGGGCCUCCCCUUCUCCUCCAUGCCCACUGCCUACAACACAGAUUACCAGCUGCCCAGUGCAGAGCUCUCCUCCUUACCAGCCUUCAGCUCACCUGCGGGGCUGGCACUAGGCAAUGUCACCGCCUGGCAACAGCCCCAGCAGCCCCAGCAACCACAGCAACCACAGCCGCCACAGUCACAACCACAGCCACAGCCGCCACAGCCACAGCAGCCACCUCAGCAACAGCCCCACUUGGUCCCCGUGUCUCUCAGCAACCUCAUCCCAGGCAGCCCCUUGCCCCAUGUGGGUGCUGCCCUCACCGUCACCACGCACCCCCACAUCAGCAUCAAGUCAGAACCAGUGUCCCCAAGCCGCGAGCGCAGCCCUGCACCUCCUCCACCAGCUGUGUUUCCAGCUGCCCGCCCUGAGCCUGGCGAAGGUCUCAGCAGCCCAGCUGGAGGACCCUAUGAGACCGGGGACCGGGAUGAUGGACGGGGGGACUUUGGGCCCACACUGGGCCUGCUGCGCCCAGCCCCAGAGCCUGAGGCUGACGGCUCAGCUGUGAAGAGGAUGCGGCUGGAUACUUGGACAUUAAAGUGACGGUCCCCACUCCCUCCUCUCAGCCUCCCUGAUGAAGAGUUGACAAUCUCACCGCCCACCCCUCCCUGCCCUGGGCUCCUCCCGCUCGACCCCCACUUCCUUUUCUCUGCUCCAUGUCCUGUUGAUGGUUACAUUUGUGUAUAAUUAUAUUAUUAUUAUUAUUAUUAUUAUUAUUAUUAUUAUAUUUUUAAAUUCGAAUUCUCGCUUUAGAGAGAGGGUUGCUCUUGCCCCUUUCUUGGCCCUACCAUUUUCACUGGUGGGGAACUCUCUUUAUUGCGGGAAAGGGGGGGACACUUUGCACGUUGUACACAUAUGCUGCAGGAAGGGGGGGGCGGUAGGCCUUGGAGAAGGACAGGGGCCGAGCCCUGCAUGUGGAGCCCUCCCAUCCCAUUCCCAGAUAGACGUAAAGAACCAAAAACUACCCAACAACAAAAACCCGGACAGUAGGACUGAGACCCCGGAGCUGGCUCGAUGGUGGGUUUGCGUCUCAGGGACAGGAAGAGGCAGAAACUCUGCUUCUGGGCUGUUCACGGCAAAUAACCCAUCUUGGUCCCUCCAGCUUCCUGCAGACACGCCACACUCUCUGAUUCUGUGUGCUGCACCCCAAGAUCUGGGUGCUAGGAAGGCUGCCUGGGAAUCUGAGGCCAGGGCGGGGGCUUGAGGUGGGAACCUCUCUGGAAGUGACUUGAGAGAGAAAGCUGUAGAAAGAGGGCGGAUGAGGGCAGGACUGGUGUGGUGACUCGGGACCCUACCCCUGGCUUUCCCUUUAAGAUGUACAGUGCAAUAGCUCCCCAUCCCUCAGCCUACCCCCGCCCUAGAAAGCUGGCCGUGUACUGGAAGAGUUGGGGAGAGGGACCUUCAGAAGUGGCCCCAGGGUGGGCCAGAGUCAGCCUUUGGUUCCCUGGGGCACUGAGGGCCGGAGGCUGCCAGUCAGGGGCAGGCAUGGGGAGGGCACCUCUGCUUUGUGUACCCAUACCCGGAAAAGUGCACAUUGGGCACACAGCAUGGUCUGUGGAGCUAGAGGUCCCGAGAGAUGAGGCCCCUGAGGCCCCUCCCCAGUCAGCUCCUGCCCCUGACCACCUCCCAGCUCUUCGCCCGGCCUGCCUGCUCCUUGUCUGGCUACCUCCUGUCCCUCCACCUCCAGGCCACGCCCCAAACCUGCCCUCUUGCUACUGUAAUUGUAAAUAGCGACCUUCCAAAAUGUUAGUGGUUAACAGUCCAGGAAACUGUUGUGUCGUUUGUUGUUGUUGUUGUAUUGAUAUGAAAAUGAGAUUCUAUUUUUGUCAAAGUAUAUUGUAAUAAUAAUGACUCAAAUGGCCCGUACUGUA